AUGAGCGGCAGCGUCUUCUCCGAGACUCUGCAGCAGAUCACGGACACAAAGCUCGACGAGCUCUCCAAGAAACGUGCCGCCUUUGAGGCAGACAAGGCUUCCACGCUCUCGUCCAUAGAGUCUCAAGCAGACCCCAUCGAGCGACUGGUCCUUCUCAGUAAGGGUGUCAAGAGGUCCUUCGGCAUCAAGCUGGACAAGCAUGGCAAGGUCACCACACACCUCACCAGGCACCCUCGCCUCGAGGUGCAACUGAAGAACCUCGACCGCUUCCUGGCACAGGCCCGCCAAGACCCCUCAGUCUCGACCAAGACCCUCUCAGACUGGGAGAAGGGUCUGCUACGGCAUCUUGAGGUCCAGUCGCUCAAGUUCCAGUAUGCCUCUCUCUACGGGCAGCUGGUGACCGAGUGGCUCUCGGGCGACCAGAAAGGUGGGGCCGGCAAAGGUGAGGAUACUGAGAUGGGCGAUGCCUUUGAGGAUGUCGGCAGCUCGGCGAAGCUCAAGUCCAAGGAGGAAUGGGAAAGAAAGGCAUUCGAGCCGGCGCACGUCGACGUGGAGUUACUCAAUCGCUAUCUCGAGUCUGUGUUCGGCCUUUCCACCUCUGUUCAGGGAGAAGACAGCAAGAAAAAGUGGCAGGCUGUCCAAGAUCUCCGGGAAGCGGUCCAUGAUCUUGAGGUUGACCUUUCUCGUCCUGACCAGCUGGACCACUACAAUCUAGGUUGGACCAUCCGGGGCCUAAUGUCUUCGGACCUGUUGACAAAUGAGAAACGAGAGGUUCUCAAGGACUUCCUGGGAAACCCUGUUAUCCUGUCUGAGAUCGCCGAUGUCCUCAACCUGCGCCUGGCAGCGCUCGGUUCUUGGAAAUGGGGGCCCGACAGUGUCCCCGUCGAGCAGCGCCGCAAGAUCAGCGGAGUAUUUUCCAUCAACAUGCACGAAGAUGUUCUCCAGGCCAUAUUCCUUCAAUACAUCGGCGUCAAAUGGUCUGUCUUCUUCAGAGAAGCGUUCGUUUCAUUUCGGAAGGCGGACGGCGCCUGGACCUCGCUCUACAAAGAUGUACCAGAGCUGGAGAAGAGACGUCUUGAAUACUAUCUUGGACAUGUGCCCCGCCGUCGAAGUCUUCAAAAGGAGCGUCAAAAGAUCCACAGCAGUGAUUACUUCGUCGCCAAGUUGCUGAAGCGCGUUGAUGAGGUUACGGAGGCGGCGGACGGAGAGGUGGAAGCCGAUUUUGAAAUGUUCGCAGCUUCAUCGCCGGUCAGGGAGAGGAAGCGAGCUAGGAUGACGACUCAUGGUAUGGCCCCCAGAAAGCAGCUCGCUUCCAAGGCCGCCAGAAAAUCGGCUCCUACGCCUGUCGAACCAGAGUCCGAUGAGGACGAAGACGACGAAAGUGACGCUGAUGGGCCGGUAAAAACGCUCAUGCAGCUCAAGCAGCAGCUUGUUCAUCUCCUGUCAACCGAGACCGCCAUCAACACGAGGCUGCACGGUGAGAUCACUGCCUUCCACGCCGUUUUUGAGGACUGGGAGUCGCUUCUACCGCACGAAACCAUCUGCACCAUUUUAAGCUUCCUCGGAGUCUCAAAGCACUGGCUCGGCUUUUUCAAACAAUACCUUCAGGCUCCGCUUCGAUUCAUGGAUGAGGACCAUGCGUCGUCCAAGGUUCGGCGCCGCGGUGUUCCCACCUCACACGCGCUCAGUGACGUCUUGGGCGAGACGCUUCUCUUCUGCUUGGACUUGGCGGUCAACCAAGCCGGAUCUGGCCAGCCAUUGUGGCGCUACGGUGAUGAUUUGUGGUUCUGGACCCCUAGUCACCCUACAGCAGUUGCAGCAUGGAAGGCCGUGAAGGACUUUGUGGAAGCGACGGGUACCUCGAUCAACCACAGGAAGACUGGCACUGUCCGUAUCUCGAAUGAUAAGGUAUCCCAACUCGGCAUCGACCAAGUUCUUCCUGAAGGAGAGAUCCGCUGGGGUUUUCUCGUCCUUUCGCCUCAGACGGGGCGAUUCGAAAUCGACCAAAAGAUGGUCAACGCGCACAUCGACGAGCUCAGAAAGCAGCUCAGCGACAAGAGCAGCGUAUUCAGCUUCAUCCAGACUUGGAACGCGUUCGCAGCGAAGUUCUUCUCCUCGAACUUUGGUAAAUCUGCGAACUGCUUCGGGCGCCAACACGUCGACGACAUGCUCGCGACGCACAAGCGCAUUCAGCAACAAAUCUUCGCCUCUGGGACCGGCAGCGGGGGGAUGGGGACAUCCUCCAGCAUCAUCGGCCAUCUAAGAAAGACGAUCGAGCAGCGGUUCGGCAUCGCAGAUGUCCCCGACGGCUACUUUUAUUUCCCCGUCGAGCUGGGCGGGCUCGAGCUCCAGUCGUCGUUCAUAUCGCUGCUGCAGAUCCGGGACUCGGUCCUCGAGUCCCACGACAGCCUCUUCGACGACAUGUUCGACGCCGAGCGCCGGUUCUACGCCCGCUACAAGCACAGCUUCGACCACGGCAACGUCUACCGGCCCCAGUACGGCGCGCAGCCGCCGUGGCAGCCGGAGGGGCAGCACGACCGGGACAACUUCCUCAGCGCCGCCGAGUUCGUCGCGCACCGCGAGGACAUCUGCGUCUUCAAGGACCAGUUCACGCCCACGGACAUCCUGGGGGUCUUCCAGCAGCUCAUGGCGCAGCCGGAGGAGGAGAGCAUCGACGAGGUCCCCGAGCUCUGGACGGCGCUGGCGCAGCUCAAGCCUGACGGCCGGUCGAUCAAGUCCGGGUGGCACGGCAUGGACGCCUCGUGGCGCUGGGUGACGGCUAUGUAUGGGCCCGAAAUCAUCGAGCGGUUUGGGGGGCUGAGCAUUGUUGAUCCGGGCCUGUUGCCCAUGGGGAUGGUGGGUCUGCUGAGGGAGAAGAGGGUAACAUGGCAGGGGUGA